AUGAAUAUCGAAUAUCAAUCAUUCAAUUUCAAUGAAUAAUCAAUUCAUAUGAAUAAUGACAAUAUAAUAUUAAAAAUUGAAUACUCAAUAAAAAUACAUCAAUAAUAUUAAUAUAUUUUAUGACUCAUUUAUAAACACUAAUAUACUCACUUCACUACUCAGACUCAGAAUAUUAUAUAUAUAGAUUAUAGAAAUCUAGAUAAAGAAAGAUCUAGAAUCUAGAUUCUAUUUAGAGAUGAGUAGAUCAAGGCUAGGUCUAGAUAGUAGAUAUCUACCAAUCUAUACUUAUAUAAAAAUAUACUAACAUAAUCAUAAUAGGCUUUAUAUCUAAUACUAAUAGGUACUUGCUAGGACUUACUACUUACCUAGGUCUAGACUCUAGAGGCACUAGUCACUAGACUAGAGCACAGACAGUGACAGAGACAGACACUGACAGAGGCAGAGGAUCUAUCCUAAUUGCUUAUGAAUAUGUUUAUGAACAAUGAUUUGUUUUGAUUAACACUAAAUUUCACUAAAUUUAUAUAAUAGUCCUAUGAAUACUAUGAUGUUUAUCACUGUAUAAUGAACUAUAUGUCAUGUGAAUAAUGAAUAUAUUAGAUCUUUUCUAUGUGACCGACUGUCCCUACUUUUAACUAGAUCUACUACUAUGAUUUAUAACCUACUAGCUAGCAUUCUAGGUAAUAGAUCUAGCACUUUUAUUUUAUUACAGUAGAUUCUUACAUCUGAACACAGACUUUCGGGAACUAGGUCAAAUUAAAAAAAAAAAAAAUUAUUUGGUGAAGGUUUAACUAAACAAAAAAACUGAAAGCAGAUUCUUAUUCUUCAACUAAUGGACAAUAAAAAUAGCUGUGUUCCUUUGAAUUACCACUCAUAGUCAAGAUUUUAUUUGAAAAUAAAUUGGGUCACUUCAUGCUCCUAUACUGAACGCAGUUUUGUGCUUUCCCUUUCAUUGGACACUGAGCACCGUCAAUGAACACCACUUUCUGUGUUAAUUAAAAAUUGUUUAGAUUGUAUUAAAAGUAGAUUCACUUCUGCAAUAUGUUUUUAUAGUUUAUAGUCUCUUGCCUCAUAUACACUCUCUCUCUCUCUCUAAUAUCUAUACUAUAAAGUAGAAUGUGAGGUGUAUGUAUGUAUGUGACUUAUAGAUAUCAAAACCGCUUGACCAAUCUUGAUAAAACUAGGCAGGAAUGUUUCUUGGGUACUAACUUAGACUGUAGUGUAUGUAUUGUAGCCCUAAAACAAACUUAAGACCCUAAAAAAAAAUAAAGUUGUCCGACUCUAUUAAAGCUAUAGUGUUUAUGGAUCUAGGCCAUGGUUAACAAUGUUGACAUGAGAAAAGAUCGAAAGGAUUUAGACCUAGAUCUAAUUUUAAGAAAUACACUUUGCGCAGAUAGUUUUUUACUUUGACACAUGAAAGAGAAGAUCCAUUGAUUUCAUUAUAUAAUAAAAUUAACCUUCAAUUUUGUGUUUCAGAAGCAUUUUUAUAUAAAUUAGUUCCUGAUAUCUGUGACUACAGAUUUCCUGGCGAACAUUCUUUCAUUAGACAAUACCGUAAUGAAUCGCGUACUAAAAAUUAAUUUGUUUAAUUGUUUACUUUAUAAUCCCAUCCCUAGAUCUAAAACUCUAAUUCAACUCUAAGAUGAUAAAACUUCUCUUCGCACAGAUAGUUUUACACUUUAACACAUGAACAUACUAAUUAUAGUCCAUUCAUUUCAUAUUUUGAUCAAAUAAACAUUCAAAUUCGGUUUUCUAAAGCAUUUUUAAGAGACUACAUUCGUUUACGAAAGCUGCGAAGCCGAGUUGAGAUAGGCCUAGAUCUAUAUUCCUUCAUGAAUCGCGUACUAAAAAUUAUUUUGUUUAAUUGUUCACUUUAUAAUCCCAUUCAUUUAACAAAGCUAUCGCUCUUUUCGUUUUUUAUAGAUAUUAAUGUAUUGGCUUCGGGUAAACCCAUUUUCGCAAACCUAAUUUUAUUUUCAUAGCGAAAGAGAAAAAAACUUGAAAGGAUCAUUAGCUAAAUCCAAUCCACUAGAUUAGUAAACACAAACUUAGACCCGCAGGCGGCGGGUAAUGUCAGGCUAGUAUCUUUUAUUUUUUCCCUAUUUUUUUUUCACUUCCAAUAAUUUGAAUAGAUUGUUAAUGUUAACAUUUACUUAUACUAACUUAUAGCCUGUGAAUUCUGUUACCUGUUACAUUGAAUUGGAACAGCUUACUUCAAUAACUAUAUAAUGCCCCUUUCACACACACAUACUUUUGUCCAGUGAGUUCUAGUAUCACCUUUCUUGCAGUAAAAAUAUAUACUAGGCUAGUAGCUAAUCUAAAAAAAUCAUUGAAUUCAUUCAUAUUCAUUGAUUCAACUUGAACUUUAAAAAAUUUGAAAAAACUACUUGAUGUCCACCAAGAGUUCAUGUGCUGAAUCAACAUUUGUGAUAGUCACUACAUUGUGAAGUUCAGUUCUAAAGUCUAUCCAUAUCUAGAGACUAGAGCCUGGAACGUAAAAUAGGUUAUUUCUGGAGUUAGUGGAAAGAUAGUAGACAGCCUGCCCUUGCUAGCUAGUCUGAGGGAGUGCUUUGAGCUUCUGCAGCUUGGAGACCCUUCUUACUGACUGAAAUUUGAUUUUUAUCUUUUUAAAAUAUUCUGUGAUGGCAUCAAGGAAUAUGAAAUUAAACUCUGUUCAUGGUUUUGAUUCAGCUAAUAGCAAUGAAAAAAUGCAAUCAAGUACAUUAAAGCGCCAGCCUAGUCCCGAUUGGAGCAAAUCUGAUCUUUUACGACUUUUAAGUUACUUUGAAGGAGAACUUCAGGCAAGAGAUGUUGCUAUAGCAACAUUAAAGGCAGAAAAAGCAAAACAACUACUAUAUCAAGCCAAAUAUGGACGUUUUGGUCUUGGGGAUCCAUUCAUUGCACUUCAAAGAGAUGCAGAAGGGAAGAAUGACACUGGAUUUGAUGAAGCAGCUAUUAAAAGUAUGUACGAUAAUCAGUUGGCACAGUUGGAAAAUUUAAUUGCAACCCAAAGAAAAGCACAACUGAAAAUGAGAGAACAAUUAGGCAAUUCUGAAAAACGAUUUCAUAAGUUAUGUACUGAGUUAGAAGAGGAAAAACAGAAACAUGCACAGGAUACAGCUCAAGGCGAUGAUGUUACCUACAUGCUAGAAAAAGAAAGAGAAAGACUAAAGGCAGAAAUUGAUUUUGAGAAAAGUCAAAACAAAAAGCUAGAGAAAGAUUUGAAGAAAGCAUUGGCCAGCUUAGAAGAGGAGAAAGCAAAUGCUGCCAGACAUAAACAAGUGGCAAUUAUGCUGAUUAAGGAACGUAAAAAUUUAAUUGAACGAAUAGUUGCUGAAAACCAUCUGCGUGAUGAGAUGGAAAAUGCCUUAACAGAUGGAAAAUCUAAAAUUCAGAGUAUGGCAGAAGGCUUGGCUCAAGAAAGUAAAAAAUCUCUGAAAAUGGAAGUUGCCUUGGAUAAACAAAGCUGUAAAUUUGAUACUGAAAGAGAAGCUUUAAGACUUAGAUUGCAGGAAGAAGAGAAACAGACCAACAUGUUGCGAGCAGAAGUUGCUUGCCUUUCUAAACAAUUAGAGAGUUUACAAUUGCAGGUUCGCAACAGUACUUCAUCACCAAUAGCUUCACAGUUAAGAUCAAGUGUAUCACCAGCCAGAACUACCAAUUCUUCUUCUGCUAGAUCCACAGCCUUGACCGGAGGGGUUUUAUCUGCUUCUGCUGGGCUAGCAUCUCAAUCUGUAAGUUCAGGUCCUAAUACUCCUCCUCCCCAGGGUCCACAGCCAUCCUCCGUAGCAUCAAGUGUGAGACCUGGUGCUAAUCUUUAUCCAGCCCAUGGUCUUACUAAGGUGUAUACAUCUCCACCAGGAUCUAAAGGAGCUGAAGGGAUUAGAAUGAAUUCCAGUUCACCAGAAAAAGAAACAUACAAACCAGAUGUUUCUCCUGUUGGAAAUGUUAUACGAAGAAAUACUGGGCAAGUAGGUAUGCGUUUAGGUACAGUUGGUACAAUAGAAAGAUUAGAAGUUGAUGUAGGAUCGGGAUCAAGAAUGGUAAAUAUUUUACCUAGUUCUUCAGUAACAACACAUGGUGCAGGGAAGAUUUCAUUUCAUGUUGCAAGCAGUGGAUCACAAAAUUCUGGUCAAACUCCAAUGAGAAAGACAGCUGCUUUUAGUCCAACUAACACAUCUGCAGUAGGAAGAGGGGUACCACCACCUUUACCCCCAAAUAAGCCAAAUUUUGUCUCACCUUCUUCAAGCACUAGCAAACCUUGUCCUCCUCCUAAAGUGUCUGUACUCCAAACUUCUGGACAGGAUCAUCAUUACUCCAGCCCAGCAGGUAAAACCACUGCUCAACAGUCUCAGCGUUCAGUUCAGAUUCCUGUCACAGUAGUAGGUGGAUCCAACCAGCCAUCACCAUCUGGUUCAGUAGCCAGUGUUCGUACACAGGUCAGAGAAACAUCUCCAUCAGCGGUGAGGAAAUCAUCACAGCCUCUUGUUGUGGUUAGCACCCCCUCACAGCAUCCAUCUUGUGCAGCUACUAGUGUUGCUGCUACCAGCUCUAGCUCGAGUCACCUCGAGUUUUUGGGUCUGGAAAUGGCCAACUUGCAGAAUGUCUUGGCUACUAUGAUGUCAGGUAAAACCAGUGCGUGUAAUACACAUGUGAACAGACCAGGAACCUUAAGUCUUCUUACUUCUAACUCUUCUUCACAUUCAAGUAAACCUAUGGCUACAGAAACAAGUUUGGCUAGAAAUAAACAAAAUCUUAAUGGCGAUUCAUUUUCAGUAGAAAAUACAAAUAGUCUAAGCUUCACCACAGAUACACAAAUAAAGAUUAGAACUCAGAAUUUUUCUUCUGCAAAUAGUUACACUGAGCAAAACAUUCCAUUGUCAGAGGUCACAUGUAACACAACAGAUUACAACAUUCCUCAUCAUGUUCAAAAUGAUUACUUAGAACCUGUGCAGCAAAAUGUAUCCUUGUCUAGUUCUACAUCUUACACAACAGGAGGCUACCAAUCUCAGCCUCAGCCUGUAAUCAAUGUACCACCCUCAUCAACAUAUAGAAACAUUCCAAGAUCUAGGUCACCCACAAAGUCUCGCACUUCUUCUUUUCAAAAACUCUCUGUUCCAUGCAAACCCAGUCAUAGCACAUUCUCCAGUCUGUCUCACUCUGUGGAAGAUCCUCCAGUGCACCAGCUUUCUACCAAAGGAGAUGCUUCAGCUCUGGAACAGCUACUGUGCUCAUGCCCUUCCAGUGUUAACAUGGUGGUAAAAGAUAAUAGUACUGCACUUCACAGAGCUGCUGAACAGGAUCAAGACAUUUGCCUAAAGUUGCUUUUAGAAAAAGGAGCUAAGCCAGAUUGUUUUAGAGAUGAUCAAAUGACUCCUUUGCAUAUUGCAGCCUUGAAAGGAUAUGCUAAGUGCGUUGAGGUUUUAUUGACAAAUGGAGCACAAGUCAAUUUACUAGCACAAAAGAAACAAACUGCUCUCCAUUUAGCUAUCAAAGGAGGUCAUGCAGAAUGUUGUGAUAUGCUUAUAAGAUAUAAUGCAGACAUAUUGUUAACUGACCAGGCUGGUUUGACCAGUGUCCACUACGCUGUCCAAAAUAAUCAUUCCCAUAUUCUGAAGCCGCUGCUAAACAAACUUGGUUUGAGUCAGUCAAAAGACUCUGAUAUUGGAUACCAGCUAAUGUCUAUUACAGACAAUGAUGGAUGGACUGUUGCCCACAUGGCAGCUUACCUUCCUAAACCUGAUUGUUUAAUUAUCUUGGCUGAAAGCAUGGGUUUGGACUUAGAAGUCAAAGAUCAUUUAGGUAGAUCUGUUCCUGCAGUAGCUUCACCAGCUUGUAAAGAAAUUCUGUCAGAAUUGGAUCAUUUUGUGAAACCGUUGCUAAAAGUAAACGUUGAACUUCGAUAUAUUCUGGAGCAAAAAGUUGUAUCCAAUGUCCAAAUAGGAACUUUGGAUGUCUGUCCUUCUAUGGGAUGGAGAUAUCUUGAAGACCGACUAAGAAACACUUUAAAUGUUUAUCUAACUCACUUAGAUGCUGGACUAAAAACUAGAAGAAUUUCUCGAUUAGAUGGAGACAGUGACAAAGAGUUUAGUCUUGGAGUGGGGCUCACCAAUAUUACACAGUAUGAAUUAGGUCUGUAUAGAUGGAACCCAGGAGUACCUAGUGAUACAGUCCCUUACACAAUGAUGUACAAUAAUCAACUCAGGAAAAUUACAAUUAUUGUAGAUGGUUUAGAUAAUAUGAGUGAACUGAUAGCUUUUGAUGUCCUUCAGCCUGUUGCUACAAUUAACAAUUAUCUGCGUUUGCUUGAACAGAACAAAACUGUGAUUCUCUAUGGACCAUCUGGUAGUGGCAAAUCUUACCUGGCUCAGAGAUUGGCUCAGAGUAUUGCUGCCCAGGAGAUAAGCUUAGGAAGAAAGCCAAGAAUUUAUCAGCUUUCCCUUGAGACUGGUUAUCCCUGGUUGAGUUUCUUCACAUUUCUCAGAGAAAAAAAUUGUGUUCUCCCUAUGGACAGAGUCAAUGACAAUGAGGCACCGAUUGUUGUUUUGGACAACUUAGAUCAAGUAGAUAUGGCUCAUAUGUUUGGUGAACUGUUGGAUGCUAUGGAGUAUAGGGGAGCUAAACACACAUUUGUUUUGAGAGAUGGCCAGGGAGAAAGCAGAAUACAUUAUUUAUCAGAUCAUUUUUAUCUCAUUGGAACUAUGAACAAAUCAAGAUCUCUGGGUGUUGAUCUUUCAAUAUUGCCUCGCUUUAGAUGGGUGCAGUUUCGGUUGGACACAGAGCCUCUUCGAGGAUUACUUGCUCGUCAUUUUUGGAGAAGGAUAUUUAACAUUUAUAGAGGACAACUUCCAUCUCCUGAUGAUCCAGUAUUGCGAGCCAUAGAGUGGAUAAUAUGUGUUUGGCACCGAUUAAAUGAUAGCUUAAACAAACUUGGACUCAUGGAAGUUGUUAUUGGUCCUUGUAUGUUCUUUAAAUGUCCUCUUGAAAAACAAGACCAUCAAAUAAUUCUAGAAUGGAUGAAGAGCUUUUGGAAUAAGAAAAUUGCUCCAAGUGUACGAGAAACAGUCAAAAGAGGAACUGGUUCAGAAACACCACCAGAUGGUCACAAUAAAGUAGCCAAUACAGCCUUAUAUGUUCUAAUGCAACGUUCCAUUAUGAUUGGUUGUCCACUUGCUGGUCAAGAGAAAGAAAACUACCUGGCUGGAUUUUAUGGCUCCAAUGAGCUGGACAUUCCAUUAAAAACAAAUGACAGGGCAUUGUCUCUUAGCUCACAGAAACGUUUGAAAGCAUGCUCAGGAAGUGUGUCAACCAGAAGAUGGAGGAGUGAGAUAGAUGAAACACAGACCAAGAUUAGGGGGAGACCUAGUAAAGAAGAAAAAGAGACUGUCAACACUAAUCAAACAUCUAACAUCAAGAGAAGAAGUUUAUCUGAAUCCAGUGUUAACAAAGCACUACAGAUAGAAGAGCAACAAGGUUUAGUCUCCCCUUCAUCCUUGCAUGCUAAAGUGGCCAAGCUGGAAGUCAAAUCACCUAAAUUAGUCAACAUCAAAGCAGUUUUCUUCAGCCCAUCCUCUCGUACACCACAGAAAUCUGAUUCAACUCUUUCUGCCACCAGUGUUCACAAAAGUGGACGAGUAAGUCCCCUUUUAUCUCUAGUCGCUGGCAGGCACACCAGCCCACAAAAGUCUCGUUCAACAGAAAAUAUAUCAAGUAGUGGAACCUACAAUUAUGCCAAGGUUAAAUCACCUGGACCAUUUUCUUUUUCUUUAAGUACACCAAAAUCUAACCUGAAUAUUUUUAAGCUUUUGGAUAAGGCUUACAAUGAAGAAAGUUUAAGUAAAAAAUUAUCUGAAGAAAUGCCAGAUUUUAGUGUCUUUGACCAGGUGACUACCCCAACAGAGGAAUCUUCAAAAGCUUUUUAUUUUGGUCAACAGGAUGAAAAGAAUUCUGAUUUCAGUACAGAGAAGAGUCCAACAUUGAAAAGAAAGGUAGAUAGUUUUACAGCUAGCUAGCUAGGAAAACUAUGAAAGUUGAUACAUAGCGUGCACACUAUUUCAUAACAUGGAAGUUAGAGAGCACAUCUAAAAUGGAUAUCUGGAUAAAUAUACAAUGAGAUGUAGAUGUGUACUCUAUAUCAUCAAAUAUUAAUGUCAUCUUCUUAAAUACAUUAUUACAUUUAUAUUUGGCACUAUUAUUUUGGUCAUAUUUAGUUUUUAUGAUUAAAUGUUUGACAUUAAUAACAAAAAAUUAAGAAAUCUUAUAAACAUACUGACCUCAUUAAUCUACUACUAAUUAGUGCUUAAUCAAUUCAAUCAUUGUUUUUGAACAAUUAAACAAUUUAGCAAAACAUGCUUCUAUUUCAUAAUGUAAAAACUGAACCUUUAGGUCAUGGUAUAGGUUUCUGCAGCACAGAACUGUUCAGACUUAAGGAAUGCUCUGAUAGCUCUUUUAGAUGUUGCAAGCAAUAGACCACUUUUUUUUUUUCAAUGUGCAAUCAAAGAUUUAUAUAUAAAAUUGAAUGAACAAAUAUUUAUUCAUAUCUUUUCAUAUAUAUUGCAUUCCUAUGGACAUGACAUAAACUGAUGGGGACAAACUGUAAGAACAGAAACUGAUCAAUUUGAAGGCUAUAUGCUAUAAUUGCCUAUAAAACCAAACAGCACAAGAAAGUUUCUUGAUUUUGGUUGAACAUUUUUGUCCAAGAAGACUGUCAGAAAUCAUUUUUAAGUUAACAGUAUAAUUUUUUACCCAGUUCAUUUUAGCUUCACAGGAGCUAACUUUUCUAAAUUGGUAUCAAUUUUAUUGCUGACAAAAUCAUCCAAUCUUGUUUACAAAGACCUAUGCAUCUCACACAUUUUAAUAUCAUUCAUAGUAACAUAUGGAAUUAUAGCAUUUCCAUAUAUACUUAUUCAAGUCAUUGUGUAUUUUAGAACACUUUUAUUUAGAAUACCGGUAGUUGCAUGUUACCUUGUAACAAAAAUUUUUUUUAGACAAAUUUUUAAUAUAGAAAAAUGAGCUCAUGAACAGAACACAAUUGUAUAUUAAUAUAUUAAGGCAGAAUUAGUAAACCUCAUUUUGUAUUGAAAAUAUCUUUUUUUUUUUUAAUUUACACCUUCUCUGUGAUAGCUAUAGAAUGCAUGUAUUGUAUCUUUAUAUAUAUAUAUAUGUUUUGAAAAGUGCCUUAAAUGUAUCUCAAAAUAGAUCUAGAAUAAUGUCAUCUACAAAGAAUGAUUCUUCCUGUUUUCCUUCUAUAUUGCCAAAUUUGUUUGAACUGUUAAUAAAGUUAUUUCACUUGACUAAGUCA